AUGACUCAGAAGUUGGUGAUCCAAAGGCACUUCUGUCUACUUGGAAACAUUGUCCAAGUGAAAGAAUCAAAUGAACAGGAUGUAGCCAGCACGAAGCUGUGGCGGAGGUUUGCUGAACUAAAAGGUAACUUUGAUUCACUGCAGGAUACCCGAACACGUCUGGAAGAAGUAGUAGCAGAAGGGAACAACAGGUACACGGAAUUAAAAAAUAGAUUUGAUACCCUACAGGAAUUUGUCUCAGCGAAUAUUGGAAGAAGCGCCACGACAGACAGUCUGCCACACACCUCCGUAGCCACAGCUGACUCUCGCUCACGCCCGUUCCUCUCCCCGGAUCCUGCCUUCAUACCAGUCAGAAAUGGAGCAAGGCGAGACGUGCGACGCACUCACCUCCCCCUAACGACUUACAAUCGCUUCUCUAUUCUCAGUGAACAAGUGGAAGAAGCACAGAAGACCAGACUUGUGGGGGAUUCCAUCAUCCGAGGCCAACUAGAAGAAUUCUGUGGACGUGUGCCAUCUCGUAGACGACGCUACUGCCUUCCAGGAGCCACACUCCGUGACAUCACGGACUGUGUUGAGGACGUGACUAAGGACGCCACUAAUGAUACACUUUAUGUCAUCCACGCAGGUACAAAUGACGUCCACCGCUCCCGCUCAGAAGAACUGAUGGAGAAGUACAAGGAGAUGAUCAAAAAAUACAAGACUAAAUCAAGAAAUAUUGUAAUUUCAGAGACGGUCUCCACCUAA